AUGUUGGGCACCGAAGGUGGCAAGGGAUUCGUGGUGAAGGUCCGGGGCUUGUCUUGGUCUUGCUUGGCCGAUGAAGUGCAGCGGUUUUUUUCUGACUGCAAAAUUCAAAAUGGGGCUCAAGGUAUUCGUUUCAUCUACACCAGAGAAGGCAGACCCAGUGUCGAGGAUUUAGUUGAACUUGAAUCAGAAGAUGAAGUCAAAUUGGCCUUGAAAAGAGACAGAGAAACUAUGGGACACAGAUAUGUUGAAGUAUUCAAGUCAAACAACGUUGAAAUGGAUUGGGUGUUGAAGCAUACUGGUCCAAAUAGUCCUGACACGGCCAAUGAUGGCUUUGUACGGCUUAGAGGACUCCCCUUUGGAUGUAGCAAGGAAGAAAUUGUUCAGUUCUUCUCAGGGUUGGAAAUUGUGCCAAAUGGGAUAACAUUGCCAGUGGACUUCCAGGGCAGCAGUAUGGGGGAGGCCUUCGUGCAGUUUGCUUCACAGGAAAUAGCUGAAAAGGCUCUAAAGAAACACAAGGAAAGAAUAGGGCACAGGUAUAUUGAAAUCUUUAAGAGAAGUUGAGCUGAAGUUAGAACUCACUAUGAUCCACCACGAAAACUUAUGGCCAUGCAGUGGCCAGGUCCCUAUGACAGACCUGGGGCUGGUAGAGGGUAUAACAGCGUUGGAAGAGGAGCUGGCUUUGUAAGGAUGAGGCGUAGUGCUUAUGGUGGAGGUUAUGGAGGCUAUGAUGAUUAUAAUGUCUAUAAUGAUGGCUAUGGAUUUGGGUCAGAUAGAUUUGGAAGAGACCUCAAUUAUUGUUUUUCAGGAAUGUCAGAUCACAGAUAUGGGGAUGGUGGCUCUACUUUCCAGAACACAACAGGACACUGUGUACACGUGUGGGGAUUACCUUACAGAACUACUGAGAAUGACAUUUUUGGUGUCUUCCUGCAGUGGCUAAGCCAGGUCGGCCGGGGUCUUCACUCGCGGACCCUAACCCAACCACGGCCAGGUGGGGACGUGUACGCGCGUGCGCACCCUCCGCCCAGGGCAGAGAAGGCGCCUCCGCCCUCAGGAGCGCGCACGCCGCGCCGAGGGGCCCGGACGCGCGCGCUCCCGAUUCGUCACCGCCUCCUACUCCUCCUCCUCCCCGGCCCGCCCCCUCCCUCGCCUCUUCCUGCCGGGCGGCCCUCCUCCCCUCCCCUCUCCGCUCCCUCCGCCCUGCUCCCUCCGCCCUCCCAGGGCUCUGGCGGCGGCAGAGUGAACGGGACGGGCCCGGUCGCAGAGCGCGGGGCGGCGGGUGGGACCCGGGCGCCUGGCAGAGUUGUUCCGGCCCUGCCCGCGGAGACGUGA